CCGUCAACUUGCGGAGCAACACGCGGACUGAUCGUUUCAGAUGCGAUCUGUCCAUUGUCUGGCAACAUCUGCUCUCUCUCUCUCUCUCUCUACAUUUUCUAUUGCUUUCUAUCUCUGGCUUUUGGUGAUGCGGAGAUGAAUGAUGGGUGAUGAGUGAUGACCGACAAAAGCCAAGGAUCCAAACCCUUCCAACUAACCAGCCCAAAGCGCUGCAUAUGCUUUCACUCCUUUCUUAACUCUCCCCCAAAAGAAAAAGCCCCACUCACAGAAGUCCACAUUAGCAGUUUCUCUCUCUCUCUCUCUCUCUCUCUGCUCUUGUGCUCGCUCUCUGUCUCUGUGCCUCUCUCUCUCUCUCUCCCUCUCUCUCUCUCUCUCUUCAUUUCUCCCUUCUGAUUGAUAAUGUAAGCACCCAAAAAAACUUGAAAAUCCGGCUUUGAAUCUGUGCGACACAUACCCCAAAGUCCCGUCCAUGGCUUCCCGGUGCUCUUUCGUGCUGUUUGUUGCCUACGUUUGCUUACUCUUUGGGUUCUCUCUAGCUUUAGAUCCGUUUGUCAGCUACGAAUUUGAGGUUACUUACAUCACAGUUUCUCCUCUGGGUGUUCCUCAACAGGUGAUUGCUAUCAAUGAAAAAUUUCCUGGCCCAGUCAUCAAUGUGACUACUAAUAACAAUGUUAUCGUCAAUGUUCGGAACAAAUUGGACGAGGCUCUCCUCAUCACCUGGUCUGGUAUUCAACAGAGAAGGAAUUCUUGGCAAGAUGGUGUUCUUGGCACCAACUGUCCAAUCCCUCCCAACUGGAAUUUUACCUACCAGUUUCAGGUGAAGGAUCAGAUUGGGAGCUACUUCUACUUCCCCUCAAUUAAUUUUCAAAGAGCAGCUGGGGGAGUGGGUAGCUUCAUAGUAAAUAAUCGUGAAGUAAUUCCUAUUCCUUUUGAUAACCCUGACGGGGAUGUUAUUCUUUUCAUUGGUGAUUGGUACAGCAAGAACCAUACGGAUUUGAGAAAGGCUCUUAAUGGAGGGGAAGAUCUUGGGAUGCCUGAUGGGGUUCUCAUUAAUGGGAAGGGCCCUUACAAAUACAACGAUACUCUUGUCCCUGAUGGCAUUGAUUUUGAAACAAUCACCGUCCACUCAGGCAGAACUUACCGUCUUCGUGUACACAAUGUUGGAGUGUCGACUAGUUUGAACUUCAGGAUCCAGAACCACAAUCUGCUUCUUGUUGAGUCAGAGGGAUCAUACACAGUGCAGCAGAAUUAUACUAGCUUAGAUAUUCAUGUUGGGCAGUCUUAUACUUUUUUGGUAACUAUGGAUCAGAAUGCAAGUAGUGAUUACUACAUUGUGGCAAGUGCUCGGUUUGUGAACGAGUCACUUUGGGAAAAAGUUACUGGGGUUGGCAUCUUGCACUAUACAAACUCCAAAGGAAAUGCAAAAGGUCCCCUCCCUGAUGCACCAAAUGAUGAAUAUGACAAAACCUAUUCAAUGAAUCAGGCACGAUCUAUCAGGUGGAAUGUAUCUGCCAGUGGUGCUCGCCCUAACCCACAGGGAUCUUUUAGAUAUGGCUCAAUCAACGUGACUGAUGUUUAUGUGUUGAGAAACAAGCCACCAGUAAAUAUUGAUGGGAAGGUGCGGAAAACACUCAAUGGGAUUUCAUUUCACAAUCCAAUAACACCAAUUAGGCUUGCUGACCAGUUCAAACUGAAGGGAGUCUACAAGCUUGAUUUCCCAAAAGUGCCAAUUACUGGACCGCCUCAGUUGGAAACAUCAGUAAUUAAUGGCACGUAUAGGGGAUUUAUGGAAAUAAUACUGCAGAACAAUGAAACCAAGGUGCAGAGCUAUCACAUGAGUGGAUAUGCAUUUUUUGUGGUUGGGAUGGAUUAUGGUGAAUGGACAGAGAAUAGCAGGGGCACAUACAAUAAGUGGGAUGGAAUUGCACGCACCACAACUCAGGUUUAUCCUGGUGCAUGGACCGCAAUUUUAGUCUCCCUGGACAAUGUCGGUGUGUGGAACCUUAGAACUGAAAACCUUGACUCGUGGUAUCUUGGCCAAGAAACAUAUGUAAGGGUUGUCAACCCCGAGGCUCCAAACAAGACUGAGUUGCCCAUGCCAGAUAAUGUCCUGUACUGUGGUGCCCUUAGUCGUCUACAGAAGCCACAAGACAUUAAUUCAGCAGCACCAAUUUCUGGCGGAAAAACAAAGCUCAUCCUGAGUCUGCUGCUGGUGAUAUUUUCUGUGAUUGCCAAUGUCCACUAGGCAUUGUUAUGUGGGUGCCCCCUCUGAUGCAUGUGGAGCCGAGCCUGGUUUUGCUAAGUGAGGUUUGUGUUUUUGAGUGUUAGGUGUGUAAUCUUAAUCUUGUUGAUACGAGUCGUCAGUGAUUUUGACAUCAAAUUUUUCUUUCUUGAUGUUCUCAAUGCUCCCUGGGCUUAUUUAAAUUUAUCAAGAUUUGUCAUUCUUUCCAUACCUGUAGUCUAUGUGUAUUGAUGACAAUUCAUCAAUAUUCAACUAUUGAACAGUCUGUGUCCUAGUCAUAUCUUUUGAGCAAUGAUAUCGAGAUCUCCAUUAUUCCA